AUGCGACCAGAUUUCAAACAAAACGAUGCGAUGACUGUUAUGCGUGUUGCUAGUACAACCAACUGUGACGUGCAGCAAAUGGCUCAAACGUGUGUGAUGAGUCGUGAUGUAGGAUCUGACGCAUCUUUUGAAGUGGAGAUAGACGGGGACUAUGUCGCUGGCACGUUACAAUGGUACAAAUACUACGUUGGAUUGCCACCACACUUCCACAGCUAUCAGCAAAGAUUGACAGCACCUGGAGGGAUCGACGAAAAUAUGCAUUUAACAGAAAAUGGAAAGAGACUAACGAUAUCACCGAUUAAAGAUGAUGAUUUUUACGAAACAAAAUAUUGGGCAGAACUGUCAGCAGCUGAGUUACAAACACAAGCCAUUGCACAAUACGAGAUUGAUGACGACCUCACAAACCCUAGACUGUUACGAGUAUACUUUAUAAUACAAAACCGGCCAGUAGAUUUUGGUCCAUUUUUACCUGGUGACAGUCUACACAUCAACUUAGCAGACCAUAUUACCAUUCCUAAAUCAGCGAUGGAGUUUGUGUGGAAAAAAAUGGUAUCUCCACUGAAAUACAUAAGUAUGGAGAAACCAGAGAACAAUGUGCUGGAUAUUCAGUACUUAAACAGGAGUGACUUUGGGAUAAUCAGCGUUCAAGUUUAUGGCAGCAAAGAAAACAUACCAGGGAGAGUACAGACUAUGGAGAAAAAUUUUAACAUUGCUUUAGAUGAAACCAAAUCCUGUAGUAGAUAUGCAGGCCAUAUUCAGUGUCAGUGUAAUUCUGGUUACCAUGGAGAUGGUUAUCAAUGCGCAGAUAUUAAUGAGUGUAUCCAUGGCAGUCAUCACUGUGUAACCAUGGCAAACUGCGUUAAUACAUUAGGAUCAUACAAUUGCGUUUGUCCGCCAGGUUACCAAGGUGAUGGUAGGAUUGAAUGUACAGAUGUGGAUGAAUGCAGUCAGCCUCAUUUACAUAACUGUGAUAUCAAUGCCAAAUGCACCAAUACUGAAGGGUCUUACAGUUGUGAAUGUACAGACGAUUACUUGGGCAAUGGUUUUGACUGUUUAG